GUCUCCAUGGUGACGAUGUGGUGGGGCUGGUGUUGUGAAUGAGCCAAGCGGAGUUUGAUAGUGAGAGCCGCCAGUGCAGGAACUCAGCCCGUACUUCAGCACCGUGUCCGCCGCUCCGAAGCGCUUCCUUCUACCGGACCGGUCCGGAGCAGAGAGGCGAACUCCGGUCCCUGCAUCCACCAUGAGCCAGCCACGGAGCGGACUGUUGUCCGACAUCCAGACCAGAGUCUGCACCGACAGCUUCAGCAACUGCUACACAUUGGUGGGCAAAGAGCUCGGCAGAGGUAAAUUUGCAGUCGUUAAAAAAUGUACCGAGAAGGCUACAAGGAAGGAAUAUGCUGCCAAAUUUAUGAGGAAAAGAAGGAAGGGUCAAGACUGCAGAAUGGAGAUUAUUCAUGAGAUUGCAGUCCUAGAAUUGGCUAAAUCCAAUCCUUGGGUCAUUAACCUGUAUGAGGUAUAUGAGACGGCAUCAGAAAUGAUUUUAGUUUUGGAAUAUGCUGCUGGUGGUGAGAUUUUCAACCAAUGUGUAGCCGAGAGGGAAGAGGCCUUCAAAGAAAAAGAUGUCAAACGGCUUAUGAAACAGAUAUUGGAGGGUGUGGCUUUCUUGCACAGAAACAACAUCGUCCACCUUGAUUUAAAACCACAAAAUAUCCUUCUGACAAGUGAAUCACCUCUGGGAGAAAUUAAGAUAGUUGAUUUUGGCCUUUCUAGAAGAGUCAAUAAUAAUGAAGAGCUAAGAGAAAUUAUGGGGACACCUGAAUAUGUGGCUCCUGAAAUUUUAAAUUAUGAGCCAAUCAGUACAGCAACAGAUAUGUGGAGUAUAGGUGUCCUUGCGUAUGUUAUGCUGACAGGGAUAUCUCCUUUCCUGGGAGAUGACAAGCAAGAAACGUUCCUCAACAUUUCUCAGAUAAAUCUCAGCUUCACAGAAGAAGAUUUUGACAACAUCUCCAAAGAGGCCAUAGAUUUCAUUAAGACACUCCUUGUUAAGGAGCCUGAAGAACGAGCUUUAGCUGAGGAGUGUCUGAGGCACCCAUGGUUGGUACAUGAAUGCGAUGAAACAGAAUUUGUCACUGAAACCUCUACCAACACCCUUGAAUCUACAAUUUCAGAAGAAUCAGAAAAGCAAAGCCAAGAAACAGAGGAGCUGAUUGUCAUGGCAUCAUACACACUGGGACAGUGCAGACAGUCUGAGAAAGAAAACCUAAAAACUGACCAAAAAGCCAUCUCCAAACGCUUCAAAUUUGAAAAGCCCUUUAACACCUUACAGGAAAUUUCAGGAGAGUUUAUCUAUUGAAUUGUGGGAUGGAAACACUCUACAUUUUAGAGAGUUUUUUUUUUAAUAAUGGACUCUGACAAAACAGUUGUUUUGUGAGCAUCUAUUUCCUCUACAGAUAUUCAAAUAGAAACAGAUUAUUGUCUGAAUGCCAAGGACUGUUGUGCCACGCUUCAGGAUUCAAUGUGUGAAGAAUGCUCAAAGUAAAGAGAGCCAUAAGGGUUGUUGAUAUUUGAAGUACUUUCCUUCAAUACACAGUACACAGUUCAGAGCUAUACUUGUUUCACAAAAGGCUGAGCAUUAUUGGGGAAUAUCAGUUUUAUUUGCACAAUGGGUGGGUGGGAAUCUAUUUAGUUCUGGAUUGAUCCUUUAAGCUAUUGUACUAUCAGUAACAAAAUUAAAAUGUACAGUAUUUGUGAAUAAUGCACUUUGACAUUUUAGUUUAAAUUCUAAAAAAUACUUGUUCCCUAACAAAUUAUGACAAGCUAUAUUCACAAGUAAUGCACAUUUAAGUUUGUUGUUGUUAUCUGGAAUUAUUUGCAACAUUCCUCUUUUUAAGCAUGUAUGAAUUAUACAAGUCAAAAGUUGAUUUUCUUGAUUUAUUUCACUAUUUUUGAAUAAUUAUAUUGUAUUUGUAUAUGUCUUUUUGUGUUGUUUGUGUGAGUAUUUUUGUGAUCAGAAACAACUGCUUAAGAUUCCCAGAAUGAGGGUUAACCUGUUCAGUAAAAUUGCUGCACAAUGGACAGUGAUAGAUGUUACUCUAUUGGUGCCUUACAGAUUAGAAAUUUAUAUAGUAUUCAUUAUGCAAAGGACUGCAAAAUUAAUUUAGUUUAAUGUACAGAUUUUUUUAAUAUUGGUAAUCUGGUUAACUUUUUGUAACAGUAAACAAUUUGUUAGCUUUCUGACUGGUUACAAAGCUACGAUAAAAUUACAUCUUUGUAAAUACAUUUAUAAAACUUUUUAAAAAUUGAAUGCUGGGGACAGCUAAACACACUGCAGUGUGCACUUGGCAGUAUAGAGGACUGUAUUUUAUAUGCAGCAGUCACUUGUCUCAAGGGAUUAGAACUAAAGUUUUAUAAUUGAAGAACAGAACUGAGUUCUGGACAGCAGCUUAUGUUAAUGCCACGUUGUUACAUUCAGUAUUUACAUCAAUUUGUAUUUCUACAGCACAAAAGUGUAAUUUUUUUGCAAGACAAAAUCUCCUUUUUUUUAAAAAUUAACUCAGGGAUCCCUGAUAUUGCCAUAUAUAUUUUAAUUAUAGUUGUUUUUACUAAGGAAAGUUUUCUUUUAAAGUAAUCUUAGUCUUGUUUAUUAAAUUUAUCCUGCACACAGAAUUCUUUGAUUUCUACCCCCUCCCCAAAAAGUUACUGCACAAUAUUAUGCAAAUGUUAACCUGUUGAAAGGAAACUCCAUCCAGUCAACACAAAUAUAAGUAGCCUUCUAAGGCUUAAUGGGGGUUAUUAAAUGAAAGUUAUGCUUAAAGUUGUUUCUAGGCUUUGAAGCGGGUUAUCGGGAGUACGUUGUUUCUUCACCCAAUAUGCAGGAUACACCUGCAAAUGGUGCUAAGUGGAAUACAAUCUCAGCUAGAAGAACAGUCUGUAUUUACUAGAGAUAUUUUUUCUCUUUUUUUCUUGUUUCUGUAUUUAAAAAGUUAGCCAGUGUUCUUGAUGUAAAUGUCCCUCUGGUGAGUUUGAGGUAGCCAUGUUUUCAUAAUUAUUUGGUAAAAUCUACUUUUUCUCAAAAUGAUCUUAAACUGAACAUUUUGACAGUGUUGCCUUUGUUUUCAGGCGUCUACUGUAAAGUUAACAACUGCUAUCUAGUGCUUUUACCUGCAAUACUGUGCAUACCUUAUUCCACGAGGGGGGAAAAGGCAGUUUUUGUAUCUUUAUCAUAAAAGAUGUACAUACUCCUAUAAUAAACAUAUCUGGUUGCUUGCUUA